AUGAUUGAUUCCAUCUUGGUAUGGAAUAUUAGAGGGGUGGGAACAUCUAGAACCAGACUAAAGACAUUGGUGGGAAGAUAUAAACCGAAAAUUGUUGCACUUUUAGAACCGUUUCAAAAUUUAGAGGGUGCUCGUAAAUUGGCUAGAAGUCUAAAGUUUGAUAUGGUUAUUUCUAAUGAGGUGGAAGGGGGGAAAAUAUGGCUUUUGUGGGAUAGUAUUUAUAAGGUGCAAGUUGAUAAGUUGGGUAUGCAAUUUAUUUCCGUUGUUGUAGAGAAUGGUGCGGAUAAAAUUUUGAUUCAUGUGAUUUAUGCUAAAUGUUCCUGGGUGGAGAGGCGCUAUCUAUGGCAAGAGCUCAGUAGUAAUCAUGUGGGUGUAGAUCCUUGUGUUGUUGUGGGGGAUUUUAAUAUUAUCAAGAAUGAUUCGGAAAGGAGAAGAGGAAGACCUCGGCCAAAUGUGGCUAUGGAUGAUUUUAAUGAUUGGAUUCAUCAAAGGGGUCUUAUGGAAAUGGCUGCGAAAGGGAGUUGUUUCUCAUGGUGUAAUGGGCAGUCAGGAUUGGCCCGUUCGUGGGCUUGGCUUGAUCGUGCUCUAAUGGAUAAUUCAUUCAGUAAUUUGUUCCCUAAUACUAUUUGUUCUUACUUGUCUAGAUCUACUUCAGACCAUGCCCCCAUGAUCAUUGAGUUCAAGAAAGAUCCUUUCUCCUAUGGGCCGUCGCCAUUCCGGUUUCAACAAAUGUGGGUGGAUCAUCCUGGUUUCCUAGAUUGUGUUAGAGCUGCUUGGAAUUUACAGAUGGUAGGUUCUCUGAUCCUGUGUUUAAGUAAGAAAUUAAAACAUACGAAGGUGGUGCUUCGGGAAUGGAAUAAAAGAGUAUUUGGUCACACAAUAGGGCGUAUUGAUGCCCUUGAAAAGCAGAUUGAGGAGAUUGAGCUACAGCUUCAAUCAAAUUGGGAGGUAAAUUUGGAGAGAGAACUACAUGAGGCAGUCUCAAAUCUAGCUGGUUGGAGGCAUCGGGAAGAGAUGAGAUUGGCACAAAUGGCUAAGCUUAAAUGGAAAAGGAAGAGAGUGCUGGAGAUGAGAUCGAAUGGAAUAACUUAUGAGAGCCCGGAGAGUAUUCAUCAAGGGGCGGUGGAAUUUUUUCAAGAUUCACUUCGAGGAGAACCGCCCAUAGAGCAAUCUAGACUGGAAGGCCUUAUUGAGACGGUCAUACUAGAGGAGGAAAAUGUUUCUUUGAUUAGGCCGCCUACUUUAGAGGAAGUGUUUGAGGCAGUAUCAUCCAUCCCAAAUCAAAGCACUCCGGGUCCUGAUGGGUUUGGAGCGGGUUUUUAUAAAAAUUGUUGGGAAGUGGUUAAGGUUGAUGUUUGGAAGGCAGUAGUGGAAUUCUUUAUGAUCAAGGAUCUUCCAAGAUUUUUCACGGCCUCAUAUUUGGUUCUUAUACCAAAGAUGGAGUCACCCACAGGUUUUGAUAAAUUCUGCCCUAUUAGUCUUUGUUCUGUAUUUUAUAAAAUUUGCUCCAAGAUUAUUGUUUCUCGUUUAACUGGUAUUUUACCUCGCUUGAUUUCUUUGGAGCAAGGAGCCUUUAUUCCUGGAAGGAGUAUUUUUUAG